AUGGGUUUUAACCCUCCGGUGCCGCAGCACGACAGCAACUGGGAAAUCCGGGUGGCGCUGCUGCUGAGCCUCCUCCUGCAGGUCGUCCUCAUCUUCCUCGGGCCCAUGCGCAAGCGCUCCGCCUCUCUGAUAUCCCGCUUCAUCAUCUGGUCCUGCUACCUCCUCGCCGAUUGGGUCGCCGACCUUGGCCUCGGCCUCAUGCUAAACAACAUGGGCAACAUUGGCGGUGGCGGCGGGGACUCCACAUCCAGCUUCUUCGGCCUCAAGCGCGGCGGCGGCGGGAGCGGGACGGCUAGUACUGCAGGCAACAACAACAGCAGUAACGAUGCUAGCAGCGGCAGCGGCAGCCCCAUCAUCUUCGCCUUCUGGACGCCGUUCCUGCUUCUCCACCUGGGCGGGCCGGACACCAUCACGUCCUACUCGCUGGAGGACAACGAGCUGUGGCUCCGCCACCUCAUCGGCCUCCUCUUCGAGCUCUUCUCCGCUUGCGUCAUCUUCUUCUGCUCCCUGCGCGGGAACCCCCUGAUCCACGCCACCGUUCUCAUGUUCGUCGCCGGCGUCGUCAAGUACGCGGAGCGCACCUACUCGCUCUACUGCGGCAGCCUGGAAAGGUUCCGCGCCAACAUCCUGGGGCCCCCUGACCCCGGUCGCAACUACGUCAGAUUCAUGACGGAGUUGGACUCGAAGGCAAAGGCCGGCUUGGACGUGGAGAUCGUUAUACCCAACAACGAGAAGAGAGACGACGCUGUAGGUGCGGAGGUCACGAGCAUGGCGGUGGCGACCCAGCGCGAGGGCAAGGAGGCGCAGGCGUACUAUUUCUUCGGUAUCUUCCGGCGCCUCUUCGUGGACCUCGUGCUAAGCUCCAAGCAGCGCAGGAUGGCCCAGGCUUUCUUCGUGGAGCGCAACGCCGUCGAGGCGUUCGAGACCAUGGAGCUGGAGCUCGGCUUCGUCUACGACAUGGUGUACACCAAGGGCGGCCCCGUCGCCCACACGAGCGAAGGCUGCGUGCUCCGCUCCGUCUGCCUUGUCUCCGCGCUUGUCAUCUUCUUCCGACUCGACAAGGACAAGCACAUGAUGAGCCGCGUGGACGUGAGCAUCACCUACGCGCUGCUGCUGGGCGGGCUGGCGCUCGACUUGGUGGCGCUGGCAAUGCUCCUACUCUCCGACCGCGCGGCGGCCUUCCUCCAAGAGUCCGGGUUCAGGUGGCUGGCGGUGGGCUACUACGGUUGGAGAGGGCUCAUGGUCUCCAAGCUGUCGGAGAUCUUCCACGACUCCUUCUUUCGGUACCAGUUUCUCGGCAAGAUCAGCUACUACACAAGGACUGUGGAAAUAGCAGCAGAAUAUGGUGGUGGGAGCAGAGAGGAGGUGGUUGAGAUGAUGGACGCCCAUUUGCCUUUUCCGUUUUGUUUUAUACGACGCAAGGGGAUUUCCCGUUCUACAGUUGAGGAGUCCUUCAUCCUGGAGACGUUCUUCCGUGGUGUUGCAGACCUGCUCCAUCGUCCCUCGACAAACAGCGUGGUGCUCAACUGCCGAGGAAAGAUUGCAAUAGACCGCCUUGCCGCGGAUAUGAAGAUAGCCAUCGGGAAUAACGAUGAGGUGGAGCGCCUUGCCAUGGAUAUCAUCAACAGGUCCCUCGGGAAGAACGACGGGGCGGAGCGCCACGGCAUGGACGAUAUCGACAAGAUCAAGGCCGAGGUCGUUGAGGAGAAGUUCAAGCUGAUCCUGGACAGCGUGGUGCAGAGUGACUUCGACGAGUCCCUGCUGCUGUGGCACAUCGCCACCUACCUGUGCCGCCUCCAGGACAAGAGAACGGCACCGACGGCGGAAGAAUUGCGGCUGCGGGCCAUCGGCGAGACCCUGUCGGAGUACAUGCUGUACCUGCUCGUCAAGCAGCCGGAGAUGCUGUCGGCGAGGACGGGCAUCUGGCUGAUGCGGUACCGGGACACGUGCGAGGAGGCACGGAGGCUCUUCAGCUCCGUGGACGCGGCGUGGAUCGAUGACCACGACGACGCGCGCAGGAUGCUGCUGAGCGUGAACACGUCGGAGAAACCGCCGGUGGUGAAGGGCGACGACAGCAAGUCCGUGCUAUUCGACGCGGUCAUCCUGGCCAAGGCGCUGAGGGAGCUCGACGAGUGGCUCAUGUGGGAGCUGGUGUCCGGGGUCUGGACGGAGAUGCUGCUAUACGCGGCGCGCAGCUGCCCGGGCAGCACCCACGUGCGCCACCUCAACCGCGGCGGUGAGCUCAUCACCAUCAUCUGCUUUCUUAUGGAGCACAUGGGCCUCGGCAACGCACACGACGUCAAGAAGGUGGAUGUCCCCGCCAAGCUCAUCGUCCAUAAAUAG